UGGACCAGAACGGAAAGAGACGCUGCGUCGGCCUGAAAAAACCGCUCAAGGAAAGCCAGAGAUAUCCAGAACCUUUUGGGGCUUGGCUGGCGUACGUUCUUCAAGACCGUUUUGAGGUGCCACUGCCUGGACCAAAGCAGACCGUGGAUUUGAUGCACACCAGGUUCAGCGACGCUGAAAUCUUCUUGGAGCACUGCACAACGGAUGUGAUGGGGGCUGAUGGUGUCCCAAACAUGGUGAUCUCUGGCGACCCGUGCGCAGAGGCACUUAGCUCGGACAUGAUGGAGGGAUGUUUGGGGUUGCUGAACCAACUGAAGGGUGCUGCAGGUGGGGGUCCGGCCGCGCCAGAGGAAGCUGCACCCCAACCCAAAAAGACACCUAGACCGAAGAAGGGUGCUGCUAAGCCCAAGGCAGCACCUGCACCUACUGAGCCACUGCCAAAAACUUUGCCCAAGAAAAGGAAGGGACAGGCGCCUUCCGAUGCGGAAUCUGUACCAUCCACUGCAAUUGACCCGAGCAAGGCAGCAAAGACAGGUGAUUUGGAUGGUGCGGAGGUGGAUGCGAUGCCUAACUACACAUGGGAUGAUUUGAGUGAGGUGAUGAGGGAUUUUGAUGCUACGGAAGAGGAGGCUAGGAAGGUCCUUCUGGAGCUGUGUGGCCCUGAGCCAAAAACUGCUGAUGGGGAUAAGAAGGGUCACAAGAGGCUGCGUCCCCUCGUAGAAGAGCCCGCCCGCGCAGCUCCUGCUGUGCCACCCAAACGUGUUCGAGGAAAGUCUGCUGAUGAGGCCUCUGCUGAAGCAAAGAAGUCUGCGCUGAUUGAAGAGACCCCUGAGGAACAUUCCCAGGCUGCCACUGAUGGCGAGGAGGUUCCUGCACCAGAACCUGUGCCAACUGGUCGAGAGAGUGAGUUUCCAGGCUCUAUGAGACAGGAGGUCAACCCGCUUGGUCCCAGUGCUUCGCAAGCUGGUAUGGAGGAACUCCAGGCCAAGAUUUUGCAGUUGGAGGCUGCCAAUGCUCGCUUGGAGGAAGAGAAAUCAGCACGCCUUCAGAUGGCAUUGCAUGCACCUCCGCACAUGAAGGGGAAGAUCGCUGCGGCACCGCUACCGCCACAGGACGUUGCUGUCCCUGUCCCUCCGAAGUCUGGCGCACCAGGAGAUCCUGAUGAGCCCGCUGAUGGUGGAUAUGUGGGCUAUUUCAUGGAGGGUGAAGAGGAGGAGGAGGGAGAUGAUGACCCAGAGGUGGUUCCACCACCACCCAAACCUGUGGCGAAGGAGGAACCACCCAGCACCGUUGCCAAGAUCAAUUCCUCGACGCACCGAAAGGAGUACAUGCGGCUGAGUCGCAUGAUGAACAGCCGCCAGGAUCUACCAGCCAUGUCUGGCCUAUGGAAUGGGACUCCAGACCGGAACAAGCUCUUGGAGCAAUGGAUCAACAACAAUGAGAAUCCCACAGCAUGCGAGGCAGCCGUGGUCCUCAGCCGGGAGGAGAUGCAGUUGAAGAUUGAGAGCAUCAUUCGGCGGGGUCAGGGGCUGAAAGAUCCUGAUGCGCCGGCGGACCCGGCCAGUGUUCAGUUCUGGGUGACUGACAAGAUGAAGUUGGAGAACACAACCACCCUGACUCAAAGCCAUCACCUCCAGCUUCGUGGCAACGCUGGUGCAGGGUUCUUGGGUAACCUUACAUCGGGGAUCUCAGUUGGGCGCGAACGCUCCGCAGAUCUGGCUGCGCUUGGAGGCAACCAGUUGAAGCGAGAGUUGAACGCUGCCAACAUGGUCAUCCUCGACUUGCCGGCUCAAAAUGGUUUGCGUGGUCAGCUAGAAGAUUUCAAGACCCAGUAUGAGGACAUCUUGGACAAGUAA